GCAGAAACCACUGAAACAUGCCUCGCGCUGAAACAUACUGGAAGGGAAACUGUGACAAGGCGAGACCCGGGAUGCAUUCGGCGAGGGGCCUCAUGCGGGAGAUUGAUCCGAAUCAAAACAGCAGGCACGACGCGAAAGUUGAAACAUCGACCGUUGUAGUUCCACCCGCUUCAGGGAAUUUCAAACGUCGCCAUGAACCCCACACUGUCAGAUCGGCGGACCUUAAUUUCUCAGUCCGAUAUAUCUAGUGGUGGAUGUUUGAUGAGGAGUCUGGCUAGGUCGACACCUUUGGUCUGGGUAGAAGCAUGGGAGUUCUGGUCGUUGUAUAACACCACUGUGGAUGUGCCGGCGGUAGAAAUAUAUAGCCAGCGACAAUGGUCGACGCAAACUGACGCAAACACCUCCCCAGCUUCUCGGGUAUUAAUAAUCCUGGUCUUGAGACCCCUUGCCUGGAAGCGGACCAG